UCAAUUAAAGACACCAUGAAGUCAAAUAAUCCAAUUGUCCAAAAAAUUGUGCAGAGGUCGAAACUGGAGGUGUGGAAACGAGAGCUGCAUGACGGAUCGUUCGCAAUGGCGUUCGUUAGCCAGAGGGAAGACGGCAUCCCCUACGCGGCGAGCUUCACCAACGAAGAGAUGCAGCUGCCGAAACAGACCUUCGAAGUUCAUGACUUGUACAAGGAAGAACCAGUUAGAUCGUGGAGCGGAUCCGAAGGGUUCGAAGUUCGGAUAAAUCCGUCAGGUGUGAAGUUCUACAAAUUUAUACCGAAGAAGACAGUCGAGAUCGCAGAUAUCACAGUGAAACUAUUAGUAAAUAACCAAGUGAAUAACUAGUCAGUCAUUAAAUAAAAAAAAUAAGUGCAAAUAUAUAAUAAGAUAAGCUAA